UUGCUGCUGGGUUUGAUGGUUUAUUACCUGUGGAGGAGAAAAGAUCAGAGUCAAUACCAGGAGCUGAUCUCCACUGUACCGUCUGUACCAGCAUGCUCUGCUCCGGUCCUACUGGUUUCUCAAGGCUCCUGGACGAUGCCCAGUGAUAUCCCUUUCGCCUUGCCGCCCCGUUUUGUGACACAAAACCAUAAAGAUUUGCAAAAUACAGAGGGAAAGGAAAAAGAGGUGGAGAUGGAGAUGAAGAUGGAGGCUCAGAGGGACAUACUAGCCCACCGUGGAUCCCUCUCAGUGAGGAGUUGGUACCCAGUUGGGACAGUUCUGGCGGGUCUUUACUCUGUUUCUCCUGUGGCCCCGCCUCCCGGUAUGGCCACUCGUCUCUGCUUCUCAGUGGAGUAUCGACACAGCAGCGAGCAGCUCAUGGUCUCUCUGAUGCGUCUUGGCAACCUCCCUCCUCGUUUCCAUGGCAACGUCACACUAGUAGAAGUCCGGCUUCUACCUGACGACCGGCGGCCCCGCCAGGCCAAGGCCCGUGGUACAGGUCCUGACCCAGAGUUCAGUGACUGCUUUGUUUUUCAGGUGUCUGGAGUGUGUGUCCUUCAGAGCACCCUGAGUGUGUGUGUGCUGAGUGUGGAGCAGGAUGCCAAACGCCACGCAGUGGGCCGGGUGCUGUUUCCUCUGCAGGGAGAGCUCGGUCAGGCAGGCAGGGUGAUGUGGAGGGACCUGGAGAAGGAGGACGACACACAGUGUUCAGAGCUGGGUGAUGUCCAGAUAUCUCUGUGCUACAGUCCCUCCCUGCAGAGACUAUCUGUGGUGUUUCUGAGGGCUCGUGGUCUCCAGCUGCUCACAGGUGCAGGUGUAUGUGUCCAGGUGAGCUUGCAGAUACAUACCCAAGUGGUUAAGAGUAAGCGGAGCUGUGUGCUGAACGGUGAAGCAAACCCCUACUUUAACUACAGGAUGAGUUUUAAACUCCGACCACAGAACCUGGACGAAGCCUGUCUGAGGUUUGAGCUGCAGCAACCAAACAGCAUCCGCUCAGAGCCCCCGACCCUGCUGGGAGUUCUGGUUUUGGGGCCCUUCAUGUACGCUAGGGGUCCACAGCUGCAGCAUUGGAUGGAUAUGGUCAACACACCACAGGAGCCGGUCAAACUGUGGCAUGGCCUGAGCCGCCCUAUUUAA